GCACUUAUUAUAGGGGGAAAGCACACAUCACUCAUACAAAAUUAGUUUUAAUAUUCAACCAAACCUAGGGAGGGAGGGAUUUUUUUAAUAAAUAACCUGCAUCCUCAUGUAGGGACACAAACAAACGGUGGUCACAAACAUGAGUGGAGGUCGGACAUCCUUCCCUUUGAUGGGACAAAUCCUAUCAACCAGGGCUUUAUUCUGGGCCGGAACACUGGAGCUAAAUCCCAUCAGCGGGAUGGAAGAUGAAUAGCGGCAUGGUCGUCUGUGUGAAACAGGCUGCAAAAACAAGCUCCUUUCCCUUUUUAUGAAUGAACGCUGGGUCUCAUGAUCCGGCCAGCCAAUGAGCUGCUCGCACCUGCACCCCCUUUGCAGCUCUGCAGCAACAAGAGGUCACUACACUUGAAAACGUGGAGGGAAGAGCGGAGCGCACAGCAGCGACAGCCCGCAGCAGCUUCACUCGGAUCGGGCAGGCCAUCAUACGCACAUACAGGGACACCAGAGAGGGGCUCCUUGUUCCAUCAACAGACCGCGAUGCCGCUGAAUAACGGCAACACCGUGGCCGUGGAGAGACGCAUGGAUCUGGCCUCGCUCUUCUGCAUGAUCGGGCGGCACGGUCCCGCCGUGGCUCUGGCUGUCAUAGCGAUGGUGUCCGUGCUGGCGGGUUUCAUCAUCUACCGGACCGUGAGGGGGAAGCGGAGGAAGGCCACAGCCGCAGCCGGGGACGGAGACGGGAGGAGCGCCGGAGCGGAGAGAGACGCAGCGAUGGUCCAGUCGAGCCCGGAGGAAUCCCGCAGCUCCGUGGAGUCAACAGACAUGAGUGAUGAAGGCUUAUCAGAUGUGAAAGAAGAUGUUGAGCUGAUUCAGAGUGACCUCAAAAUCAGGCACCGCCGUGCUGCUGCUGCUGAGAAGAAAUCUCCACCUUAUUCUCCUCCCAAGAGUGACAACCAAGAACCAGACAUCAAGCACACCACUUCAGCUCACACAGAAGAAAUGCAUAGAGAGGUGUAUGCAGAAGAGGCCAGUCAGGGCCUGCAAAGUGAUACUUACACAGUGGCUGAAAUGGUGGAUGAGGAUGCAGUUGAUUGCCACCAGGGUGCAACAGAUGGCAUUGUUGAGGAUGUGAUAGAAGAGGGUCGUGAUAAUGAUAGCUGCUUGGAGGAGUCUGAGCUGAUUAAUGAUGAGAACCAUGAGGAAGAAGAGAAGGUGUUAAAGGGAGAAUGCCAGGAAGAUAAGGAUGUGACCACAGACAAGGAUGUUUCAAACAAGAAAACCAAACAAGAGGAGGAAAACUUUGAGUGUACUUUGAACAAUCCAGUGUGCUUCGAACAAACCCCUCAUAUGGGUGAAAAGGGUGACGACGACAGACUACAAGAUAAGAAAACCACACUGAAAACAAAUUGGGUGGAAUCCAGCUCGGAGGAGCCUGUCAUUUAUACUGAAGAUGUACCUGUUUCUUGCAUCUGUUAUUGCAAAGAUGAGAAGUUUGAGGAAGAGAAUGCACAUAGUAUUGAUUGCUAUAAUUAUUCCUGCAAAAAACAAGUUUCUCCAGAGGAGGAAAAGAAAAAUGAAGGUGAGGAGGCAGUAGAAGAGUGUGAAGAAUACAAGGUAAUUGCUCAACAAGAUGAGAUGUGGUCCUCAACAUUUGAAAAAGAAACAAACCUGCCAUCUACAGAGCAAGACCAGUGUGACCAUGUAACGGACAAGGUGACACCGCUUUGUCAGGAUAGUGAUUGGGAUGAAGAUGGUUGUCUAGCUGCUGAAGUGAUUGAAGAGCUAAGAGAUGAAGACUACUUGAAUGAAGCUGUCAGAUCUGGCGACCAAUUGCUGCAGUUCAACAAGCAAGAAGCAGUGAUCGAACAAAAGGAGGAAAUUGGUGAGGACAGUGUUCUUUAUGAUGGUGCUGAUCAAGUAAACGAGAAAAUGCUGACUAGUGACGACAUUGUUGUCUGUGGUGAAGAACAUGACAGUUCAAGUGUGCGUUUGAGCGUACCUAUAAAGGUUGAUAAUCAAGACGAUAAGAUAAAAGAAGAUAAAAUAGCUCUAUGUCUGCAUGAAGAUACUGAUUCUACUACUCUUGGCCCUCAAAUGCCAUCACAUAAGACAGAAGAUCUGCCUGAGAGCAGUGGAAAUAGCACAACUGUGGUGUUGGCAGAAGAAUGCAAUGACCAACUGUAUGACCCUCAGGACAGUGUUCUUUAUGAUAGUGCUGAUCAAGUAAAUGAGAAAAUGCUGACUAGUGACAACAUUGUUGUCUGUGGUGAAGAACAUGACAGUGUGUCACUACCCUGUUUGAGCAUACCUAUAAAGGUUGAGAAUCAAGACGAUAAGAUAAAAGAAGAUAGAGCUAUUUUAUCUCUGGAUGAAGAUACUGAUUCUACUACUCUUGGCCCUCAAAUGCCAUCACAUGAGACAACAGAUUUGCCUGAAAACAGUGGAAAUGGCACAACCGUGGUGUUGGCUGAAGAAUGCAAUGACCAACUGUAUGACCCCCAUAUUCAAUCUUGCUUCAAUGACCAACAAAGUGUCCAAAUGAUAAAUAAUGACGUUUUUGACAAGGCAAGUGUCGCUGCUGAUCCUGAUACGGCUGAAAGCAUAACUGCUUCUGUAAUAACUGAAGAAAUAUCUUGUCCUAACCUGCCAUCUAUUUGCCAAGACCAACAAAGUGACCACAUGGAAAAUAAUGAAACUUUUGAUGAGAUAUGGGUUAAUUCUGCCACAGAUGCACCUGCCUGUGAUAAUGCCAACAUUGUCCCACCUGGAAUGUCUGAAGAAUUAUAUCAUCCUGACAUGUCUUCCUCCCAAGACCAACAAAGUGACCAAACAAAAAACAAGGGAGAUUUUUCAGAAGUUACCACUGGUACUGCUCCUGUCAUGAGUAAGGACAUUAGCCAUCCCAUGUGUCAGAUUCACUUGCUGUCUUUCGAGCAAAGUGAGCUGAGGGAUAAUGACAUAUCAUCUCCUGGUGUUGGCGAAGAGAGUGGGAUUUCAAGCAUGGCUGUCAGCCCUGAUUUGCAGGAUCCUGGUAAGGAGUUUGAUAUGACCGUUGAAAAUAUGGCGCUUCGGGUGAUGGAUUGUGAUCUACUGCCCAAGGGACAGACGGAGGCUCAAAACAGCAUAUUUGCUGAUGAUGUAGCUAUAUCUGUCAUUGAAGAAGAUACAGCAGGUAGAGUGUUCGGGCCUUACCCUUCCCAGCCACCCCACAGUAAGUACACAGAUUGGACUACUUAUGAAUUAUUUGCAGCCAAUGAGGACAUGUUUGGCCAUGAGAUUGAGGAUAGUUACCACAGAGAGAUGGAUCAAUUUACAGCUCAGAUUGCAGCCAGCAUUACUAGCUUAACUGAUGAGUUGAAAAUACAGACCGACAUGAAAGCUAUCGUUGAAGUCGUAGAGAUUAAAGAGAAGAAGGCAGGAGUAAUUGUUGAAAAGAAAGAGGAAACGAAAGCAGAGAAGGAGGAGGAAGAGGACAAUGAAAAGACUGAAAUCAGUAUCAUGGAGGCAACUAUGGACAAUAACGAAUGGAUCACGGAGAGUAACUACCAAGUCCUUCCCUGGAUGAAGCUUUCUGCGCCAUCUUUUUCCCAAGACCACACAAAAACUAGCCAGCUUCCCACCGAAGACAGCCAAUGCAGCUCAGCUGUAACAGACACCACUUGUACAGAUACAUCAGAUACCCCCCCUUCCACUGAAGUCAAAGAAAACAACACCCUCUCCCUAGUUGACGAAAGCAUGGAAAAUAACAAGAAGGUUGUGGCAGUCCAGCCCAUGCCCCAGAACGUCAACGUGACCUUCCAUGUCCAUUAUUUUACCCAAUCACCAUACCAGACUGUGGCUGUCACAGGGAAUCUGCAGGAGCUGGGAAACUGGAAGGGAUUCGUCCCGUUAGAGAGAUCAAAGGAUGGGCACUGGGCCACUGUGGUCAGCCUACCCGCAGAGAGCCAUGUGGAGUGGAAGUUUGUAGUAGUUGACAAGGGUGAGGUUUGUCGCUGGGAGGAAUGUGGCAACCGUCUCCUUGAUACGGGUUUUGGAGAUGACCUGCUUGUGCAAAAAUGGUGGGGACUCUUCUAAGAGGUGAGGUGAGAGGAAUAUUGGGAAUGAUAUGUACAGUAAGCUUUGGUACUGGUCACUGGACCAGAUAAAAGUCAAGUAUUUGUACAGCCCGUCACAAGACCCACAUGAUGAUACAGUAUAUUAAAUGUCACCUAGGUCCCUUUUGCACUGUAUCACAAUAUUAUGAAUACAUACUAGUAAGAUUUGUUAAAUUUGGGGGACAAAAGACAUCUAGAGGUCAAGGAUAACAACUGGGUUUAAUAUCAAGGUAACUAACCAAUGUUUCAGCAACAAUUAAGAUCAGUUGGAUAUUUUUUUAAGCAAAAAGCUGGUUUUGGAGUUUUGGUCAGACAAAAGCAAUAUAGAGAUGUCAUCUGAACUUGAUAGGCAUUUUUAAUCACUGUCUGACAUUGUAUUGACUAAAGUUAAUCAGUCAUUAAAACAAUUGCUGCAGCACUAUUAUGUUUUAACAUGUAGUUAGAACCUAAUUCACACUGAAAGAGUUUUACAAUUUUGUUUUAAAUUUUUACCAUAUUUAGACCAGAUGUCUAGACAUAUUUUGACCUGCAAAUUCCAACAACAUGAUUACUGGGAUAAAGCAUCGUCGAAUGGGACUUUUCUUAGAGGAUUUCUCUCUAAUAGCCAAUUAUUAGGUGGAUCUUUCAGGGAACUGAAAAGAUUGCCAUCAAAAGACAGAAGUAUCACAUAAAUCGUCUUUCUUUUUUCUGUGGCAGUAUCUAUGAUUAUGCAAACUGCACCCUUUUUAAAAAGUGGGUAAUUUAAUGCAAGUGUUUAAUUUGUAUAAAUGGAGACAUUAUUCUACUGUCUAUAUGCUGCUUAAAUACCCCCCAACAAUCUAUGAGAAUAAAUGCACAUAGUUCACUUUUACUACAGCAAUAAUAAAAGCAAUAAUUGUUCUGUUUUCAGUAUGACUAUCAGUAUGAUGUUUUAUCAGGUAUUCUAUUGUGUUUACCACUAAACUGUGAUAUAGUUGUAACUUUGAUGCUGCUUUUAUCUUGUGGGACUUUGCAUGCAAGAUUGUCCCAUUGUUGUUCUAUGAAUGUGCCUUUUAAACAUGUUUUUCUAUUAAUGUGUUACAAUGCAUCAAAACAGUGUGGCUUGUCUUUUUAAACACCUUUGCUGGGCAUCAUUUUCUCUGUUUCACUACAACUUUAAGUGAAUUAGUUACAGUAUAUUAAUUGUUUUCUCAGAACUGAUGCUGUCAGUUUAUUUUCUUGUUGUUUCAUUUCUUUAUUAGUGUCAAAUAUAGUAUAUAAAUCUUAAAUAUUAUCAGAGUAUCUUAUUAUGCAAAAUUGUGAUGAUAAUGCAGUUAUUGAUUGUCAUUAAGGUGAAGUUGGUGACCAAAUAAACAAAUCUUCUGUCA